AUGGCAAAGCGGGAAUUGUUGGUCACACUGAGAGAUCGCUACCGGAGCUCCUCCAAGAAGGACAAGAGCCGUAUCCUCGAUGAAUUCAUCGCCGUAACCGGCCACCAUCGCAAACACGGCAUCAGGUUGCUCGGGCAGCUUGACGAGGACGACGAGGUUCCGCGUCAGGCACGGGGCCAGCGCAUCUACGAUGAGGCGGUCAGUGAGGCGGUGAUCGUGAUCUGGGAAGCCGCCGACCGCAUCUGCGGGAAACGGUUGAAAGCGGCGAUGCCCCACCUGGUGGAGUCCAUGGAGCGCCAUGGACAUCUCGCGCUGGACCCAGAGGUGCGGGACCGAUUGCUGGCAGCCAGCGCAGCCACUCUUGAUCGUCUGCUGAAACCCAUCCGUCCCACGGCGGGCAGCCGGCGCAGACGCCGGCGUAAACGGUCGAUGGGGAAACGCGUUCCGGUGCGUACCUACAACGACUGGAACGGACCGCCACCGGGUUUUCUGGAAAUAGAUUUGGUGGUUCACAGCGGUGGGCCACUGUCCGGAUCAUUCAUCCACAGCCUGGUCGCCACCGACGUUUGCACUGGCUGGACCGAAGCCGUUCCCCUGCUGGCCAAGGAGCAGUCGUUGAUUGUGGAGGGAUUGGAAGCCAUUGGCCAACGGUUGCCGUUCCUCAUCCGCGGCAUCGACUCGGACAACGACGGUGCGUUCAUCAACGAGACGCUGAUCGGGUACUGCGCUGACCGCGGCAUCGAGUUCACGCGGUCCAGGGCGUACCGCAGCAACGAUCAGGCCUGGAUCGAGCAGAAGAACGGCAACGUGGUGCGGCGCUUCGUCGGCCAUGAUCGCUACUCAGGUCAGGUCGCCGGUCAGACCAUGGCGCAACUCUACGGGGCGUUGCGCCUGUACGUGAACUUCUUCCAGCCUUCCUUCAAGCUGAUCGACAAGACCCGGGACGGAGCACCACCGUCAAGCGUUACAGUCCGCCGACCACGCCCUGCGACCGGCUGA